AUGGGCGGAGAAGGAGAUUCGAGUCAGACGCCGACUUCUGUUGAUGGUGGUGACGGAGGAGGAGCUGUGGCCGUGAACGUCAGGUGCUCGAAUGGCACGAAAUUUAGUGUGACGACGAGUCUCGAUUCGACGGUGGAGGCGUUUAAAGAGCUGGUGGCUCAGAACAGCGAUGUGCCAGCUAAUCAGCAGCGCUUGAUUUAUAAGGGUCGGAUCCUCAAAGACGAUCAGUCGCUCCUUAGCUAUGGUUUGCAGGGUGAUCACACCAUUCAUAUGGUUCGAGGCUUUGCGCCUUCUUCAGCACCACCUCCUGCUCCGGCUGCAAAUGCUGGCAACCAAACCACUGCACCUAGUGCUACUCGAGGGGUUGGUGGAAAUGAUAGCUCAAAUCUAGGAGGAGUGAAUCCAGUUGAAUCUUUGUUCCCAGGGCUUGGGUUUAAUCCUUUGGGUGGUGGGAAUGCUAUGUCUGGGUUAUUUGGAGCUGGUCUUCCGGAUCUUGAGCAGGCACAGCAACAACUAGCUCAAAACCCGAAUAUGAUUAGAGAUAUGAUGAACACACCAGCCAUUCAGAAUAUUAUGAACAACCCGGAAUUUAUGAGGAGUAUGAUCAUGAGUAACCCUCAGAUGCGUGAGCUUGUAGAUCGCAAUCCUGAGCUUGGUCAUGUCCUCAAUGACCCAAGCAUCCUUCGGCAAACUCUAGAAGCUGCGAGAAACCCAGAGCUUAUGCGUGAGAUGAUGCGGAAUACUGAUAGGGCCAUGAGUAACAUUGAAUCUAUGCCGGAGGGAUUUAACCAUCUUAGGCGUAUGUAUGAAAAUGUCCAGGAACCGUUCUUGAAUGCUACUACUAUGUCGGGUAAUGCUGGAAGCAAUGCGGCCUCUAAUCCUUUUGCUGCGCUCCUGGGAAACCAGGGCGUUACUACACAAGGAAGCGAUGUUUCUAACAAUUCUUCGACACCGAAUGCUGACACGGGAACUGGGAAUAGUAUUCCGAAUUCAAAUCCACUUCCUAAUCCUUGGGGUGCUACUGGUGGCCAGACAACUGCCCCUGGAAGGACAAAUUCGGGUGGGGAUGCGAGAGGCCCUGCACUUGGUGGACUUGGUGGCCUUGCUGGGCUUGGCGGCCUUGGUGGACUGCUUGGAGCGGAUCCAACUCUUGGUGGUACCCCUGAUGCUUCUCAAUUGAACCAGCUACUGCAAAAUCCAGCCAUGUCGCAGAUGAUGCAAAGUGUACUUUCCAAUCCACAAUACAUGAAUCAGCUUAUGAGUCUCAACCCACAAGUCCAAGGCAUGCUAGAUUCGAAUCCUCAGUUGAGGGAAAUGAUGCAGAACCCAGAUUUCCUUCGUCAGUUUAGCUCUCCGGAGAUGAUGCAGCAAAUGAUGACUCUACAGCAAUCACUUUUCUCUCAGAAUAGGAAUACGACCACCCAGGAUCCGGGGCAAACUGGUGCUGCUGCCGCAGGGACAGGCAAUAACGCGGGGCUGGAUCUAUUGAUGAACAUGUUUGGCAGUCUUGGUGCUGGUGGCCUGAGCGGCGCGAACCAACCUAAUGUUCCUCCUGAAGAACGCUUCGCGACUCAGUUGCAGCAGCUACAAGAAAUGGGAUUCUACGACAGAGCAGAGAACAUAAGAGCUUUGCUUGCAACAAAUGGAAACGUGAACGCUGCUGUAGAACGACUCUUGGGAAGUAUUGGCCAGUAG